AUGAUCCAAAUUGAGGAAAUAUUAAACAAGAUCUUCCAUUCAGAGGUCAAAGAUCUUCGACGUGCGAUAGUAGUGGGUUCGACAGUCUUCGGAUCUUUGAUCGAGCAAUCCCGUUAUUCCCGAUCACCGACCGUGGCGCGUAUUAUAAAAGCUUUGUACAUCCUUCUCUUAAAGACAGUUUGCGUGAAGAUGAACAACAACGAACUGCUACGAAUAAAGUGCGUGAAAUGGAUGACGUUGAUAAUGAUGGCAAUCAUCGUCUUCGUCGUCGACGCAUCCAUUGUCAGACAUCAAACAAGAGAAGUCCUGGAUCGUAAUGUCAGUGAAGGUAAGAAGGAGUCAAAGGAUCUCGGGAAACGAAUCACUUAUAAAGGGGAUCAAGUAUGGAGGAUCCACAAGGAAAACAGUACCGUGGAGGAAUUGGUGCACCGUUACGAUGAAUAUGGUUCAUAUUCGAUAUGGUCUAACAACAUCUCAGUCGCUGAUAUUUUAGUAGAAAGUAAUAUGGUAGAGAACAUAGAAUCUUUAUUUCGGAGUAACGGAGUGAAAUAUGAUAUUUUAAUCAAUGACGUAGAACAAGCGAUCAAGGAGGAGAAUCCUCCUCUUUCGCCGGAAGCGCAAGAGGAGCUCGAAGGACGCAAAGGUCAUCGAAUGGAAUGGACCACGUAUCAUCGAUUGGCUGACAUCUAUGGUUAUCUGGAUUAUCUUGCGGAAACUUAUCCUGAUUUUUGCUCCGUUCAAACCAUCGGUAAUUCCAUCGAAGGUCGCCCUCUUAAGGUCCUAAGAAUUAGCAACGGUAAGCCAAAUGCGCCCGCGAUUUGGAUUGAUGGAGGAAUUCACGCCCGCGAAUGGAUAUCGCCGGCAUCUGUGACGUACAUCAUCGAUUAUUUAGUGGAAAACAGUGAAAACCUAGAAAUUGAUUAUUACAUCAUGCCAGUAAUUAAUCCCGACGGAUACGAAUAUACAUUCACCGUCGAUCGUUUAUGGAGGAAAAAUAGAAGGAAAAGUGGUUACGCCGGUUGUUCAGGUGUCGAUUUAAAUCGAAAUUUCGGCUAUCGUUGGGGCGGUAAGGGAGCAAGCCAGGAUAUUUGUCGCGAUACCUAUUCAGGCGCUAAACCGUUUUCCGAGCCAGAAACUGACGCCAUUCGAAACUUCUUCGAAAUCAGCUCGGCAAAUUUCAAGGCAUAUCUAUCGUUUCAUUCUUACGGACAAUAUAUCCUUUAUCCAUGGGGAUAUGACAAACGUCUGCCGCCGGAUUAUGUAGAUCUUGACAAGGUCGGUCGCGAAGCAGCGAUGGCCAUGAAAAAGGCAGGAGGUUCUGCCAGUGUGUAUACUGUCGGUAAUAGUGCAACAAUAUUGUAUCCAGCUUCUGGUGGAUCUGAUGAUUGGGCGAAGGCUCUGCUUAAGCUCAAAUACACGUAUACAAUUGAAUUGAGAGACACUGGAAGAUACGGUUUUAUUUUACCUGCUCGUUAUAUUAUACCUACGGCAAAGGAAGCGCUUGCCGCGGUGGAAAUAGUUGCAAAGGCUUGUAAAACGGCGUGAUUAUUAAUCGAACUAUUAAUCAUAGAUAUAAAAUUGAUUGGAAAAAUUUAAAUAUAGGUUUUUGUUAGCUGACAUGUUAUUGCAUUUUGUGAACUUGCGAAAAGAAAUAUCCUUUGUUCUUAAUAUCCAAAUUAUAUAAUAUACUGUUAUAUAAAUGUGCUGUUUUAUAAUAUUUUAUUGUACUUUAUAAUUAAAUAAAUAAAUUAAAUACUUAAAUAUUUAAAUAAA